AUGGAUGAAGAAGCAAGAAAAAAAUAUUGUGGUCUCUUGAUGUUUGACAUCCCACAAUCUCAUUUCUCUCGUAAACCUGAUAAGAAAGAAUCCAUGUCACUUAUGAUUGAUUGCACUACUUCUUUAGAAAAUAGUUGUAUUCGUACCCAAGACAAUUUUGUUUUCACUUCCUUCGUUGAACCAAUGAAGGUAAAACCACAACCUCAUAUUCGAAAAGUACCUUCUCUAUCAAAUGAUCCUAUCAAUACAAUAGAAAAUCCAAAUAACGUGACGACGAAUUUUGGUGAUAAUUUACGGGCUAAGCGUACACCUCGACCUCCAAAUGCCUUUAUUCUUUAUAGAAAAUCAAUGCAACCUGAAAUAUCAAAAAGAGAAGGAAAUAUUUCAAACGCUGAAAUUUCAAAAAUUUUAGCACAAUUAUGGAAAGGUGAAUCUGAUUCUAUUAGAUUAUAUUGGCAAAGGCAAGCGGAUUUUAAAAAAAUUGAACAUAUGCAAGCUUACCCAGGAUACGUUUAUCGUCCUAAAAAAUCUAGAAAAAAUAGUAAGAGAAAACGUAAAAAGAAUUCUAAAUUAUCUUCUUCCAAAUCUUCGGAAUUACAUAAUAUUAUUGAAAAUUGUUCCUCUGAUAAUCUACAAAAAGAGAUGCGCAUUUUGAUGGUAGGGUUGGAUGCGGCUGGUAAAACCACCAUCUUAUACAAACUUAAACUGGGUGAAAUUGUUACAACUAUUCCCACUAUUGGUUUCAACGUCGAGACCGUAGAAUACAAAAACAUUUCUUUUACUGUUUGGGAUGUUGGAGGUCAAGAUAAGAUCCGACCGUUAUGGCGUCACUAUUUCCAAAAUACUCAGGGAAUUAUUUUUGUGGUGGAUUCAAAUGAUCGUGAACGUAUUUCAGAAGCACGAGAAGAACUUCAACGUAUGCUCAAUGAAGACGAACUUCGUGAUGCCCUUCUUCUAGUAUUUGCCAACAAACAAGAUUUACCUAAUGCCAUGAAUGCAGCAGAAAUCACCGAUAAACUUGGACUUCAUUCUCUCCGACAGCGUCAUUGGUAUAUUCAAGCUACAUGUGCUACAAGUGGUGAUGGUCUUUAUGAGGGUUUGGAAUGGUUAAGUACCAAUUUGAAACGAAAGGCAGACCAUUUAUUAUCAUUUACUUCAACUCAUAAUAAUUAUUCGAUAUCACCUAGUCGCGUUAAUGUUUCAUAUAAUGAUAUGCCAGAGUUUCGAGAUAAAUUAAUUUUGGGAAAAAAGUCCUUUCGUCAACAAUAUGCAAAUUUAUAUUAUGUAAGAUUAAUGGAAAUGAGACCUAUUGUAUUAAAGGCCGCACAAGAAAAAUGGGAAACAGAACGCGCAGUAAAUGGACAAGAAUUAAAUUAUGUUGAUAGAAUUUUAAAUAUAAAAUCCGAAGAGAUUUGUUACAUAAUUGGAACUGUUUAUAUCGAAAUGCAAUUUAAACCAAAUAUUCUUGAAGAUGUUACUAGAGAACAAUGUCAUAUUACACCAAAAUCUCGUUCAAAAUAUUGUAGUGAAAAUGAUGAAAUUUCAGUAGAAGAUGAAUCAGGAAGGAUAAAAUUGACAGGGGAAAUAUUGAAACAAGAAAUGAUUAUCACGGGAGUGAUAAUGGCAGUUUUAGGAAAAGAAAAUUCAGAUGGAGAAUUUGAAGUGCGUGAUAUUUGUUUUGCAGGAAUACCGCAACAACCAAAACCAAUUCAAUUGAAUACAGCACUUAUAAGUGGAUUGAAUAUUGGAGCAACCAAUAAAUCAGUUUUACAAUUACAAAUGAUGAUAGAAUAUAUUACUGGAGAAAUUGGUAGUUUAACUGAACAAAAAUUUUCAUCGAAAAUAGCACGAAUAAUAAUUGCUGGAAAAAGUAUAUCAGAAGCUAAAAUAUUAGAAGAUGAAAAAAAGCAGAUAAAAUAUGGAUACGAUAGUUCAACAUAUGAUGCAGAACCAUGUUUGGAAUUAGAUAAUAUCCUUAAUGAAAUAUGUUUGACUAUUCCAGUUGAUAUAAUGCCAGGAUGCAACGAUCCAACUAAUCAAACUUUUCCACAACAACCAAUUAUACAAAACUUACUUCCCAAAGCUAAUAAACAUUCCACUUUUAAUAGUGUAACAAAUCCAUACUGGUGUGAGUUGGAUAAUUUUAUAUUUCUUGGUACUUCUGGUCAAACAAUUGAUGAUAUAUAUAAAUAUAUUAAUACACCACAAGUUUAUUUUAUUGGCAAUCAGCCAGAGUUUGCUACAAAAAUGAUCGAAGGUAAACAACCUAUUAGAAUAAUUUUAUUACCAUCUUUUGAUAAUACUGGAAUUGUUACUUUGUAG